GGCAAUGUGAGAGUGUGGCUGCGGCUCUAUCCCUGACCCCCCUCGUCUCGGUCUCCUCUGUCCGCUCAGGAUGGACCAGAGGAGAGCUGAGCAGGACAGCAACACCGGCACCAACCCGGUUUCGCUUUACGGGGAAUUCACGGUCACUGGCAACCGAAAAGUCAGGUAUGCCGUGAGCUUGACAGAGAAGGACCUCAUCGUCCAGAGGCUCACUCCAACACCUGUCGGGCGGAACAAGGUGGUGCUCAGCCUGAAGGACUGCGUUGGCUGCCGGGCUUACCGAGGAGAUGACAACGCGGACCCGGCAGCGUACUUGGCAGCCUACUUCUACCCGUUCAAACGGCGCUGGAUGAGUUCCGGGGUGUCGCGGCAGAGAGUGGAGCAGUGUUUUCGCCUCGCUGCUCUACAGGACCCGCGCGCUAACCUGGAAGAGGCGGAGAAGUGGGCUCGCGCUGUCCGAGAACGCUCUGCCCGGCAACAGUACCUUAGAGACGGGGUGUCAAUGAGCGAGUUGUCUCGUCCGUGCCGGAUGAUGCUGCUGGUGAACCCACAGAGCGGGAAAGGACAGGCGCUCACUCUCUACAACAACCACAUCCAACGAAUGCUCAACGAGGCGGGAGUCCCUCACACUCUGGUCAUCACCGAGCGGCAGAACCACGCCCGAGAGCUGGUGAGGGAGGCCAACCUGUUGCAGUGGGACGCUUUAGUCAUCAUGUCUGGAGAUGGACUUCUGUUUGAGGUGAUAAACGGUCUACUGGAGAGACCAGACUGGGAGAACGCCAUCCGGAUCCCGCUAGGUAUCCUUCCUGGUGGAUCAGGCAACGCCUUGGCUGCAUCCAUACAUCACUACUCUGGAGCCUCGCCGGUGUCCAGUGAGGAGCUCCUGGUCAGCUGUGGUUUCUUGCUCUGUAAAGGACUCGUAUCCCACAUGGACCUGGUCUCCAUCCAUCUCUCUUCCAGCCCUCGUCUCUUCUCCUUCCUCUCGCUGGCCUGGGGCUUCGUAGCGGACGUGGACAUAGAGAGCGAGAAGUACCGUCACGUCGGAGCUGCCCGCUUCACUGUCGGCACGCUGGUGAGGCUGGCGUCUCUCCGCGUCUACAAGGGCAAGCUGGCUUACCUGCCCGCCACUGAGGACUACAGCACCGAGGAGGGUUUGAGAAGUAACGUCACGCUGCGCUGCAACAAUCAGGCCUCCUCCCUGGGUCCGGCCUCUGUGCUGUGCCGCCCGUCCAGAGACUCUCCCUGCGAGAACACCUUCCACAACUCCUGCCACUCCAACAACUCCCUCAAAGUCAGGAGGACGGAGAGCACGCCUUCUCGAAGCGCCAACAAAUCCACCAGCGGCCCUCCUGACUCCCGGCUGCUGCCUCUGGACCAGCCGCUGCCUAGCGACUGGGUGGUGGUGCAGGAGGAAGACUUUGUCCUCAUGCUGGCCAUGUACCAGUCCCACCUGGCGGAGGACCUGAUGGCAGCACCGAGCGCCGCCUUGGACGACGGUGUCAUCCACCUUUUCUAUGUUACGGCGGGAAUAUCACGCGCCGCGCUGCUGAAGCUGUUCUUAGCUAUGGAGAAGGGUGCACAUCUGGCUACUAACUGUCAACAUCUGGUGCACACUAAGGUGCGGGCACUCAGGCUGGAGCCGUAUUCACCCAAAGGGAUAAUAACAGUAGAUGGAGAGGUGGUGGAAUAUGGGCCAGUGCAAGCAGAGGUACACAGAGGCCUGGCGAGAUUAAUCACUGGAUGAACUGAAGCAACCCUCCCACCAGCUUUUAUCUCUGCUGUUAAAAGCCCAAGAAACACAUUUUGGAUCAGAAAUCAGUCCAGAUACAGGAGCGAAGCAAAUGAUGUAAGACUCAUUCACGCUUACCUGCAAUGUUAGCCUCUUAGUGCUACAUAAAGCACCUGUGUUUCAGUGGGAAAUAAUGUGACAGGUAGUCUGGCAUCAUAUUACAACAAACAAGUGCCAUGUAUGGAGAGCCGGAGUGUUCAAUAUUAAAUCAAAGCAAGCAAGACAUUUAAAUAAAUUAUCAUAUUAGUAAGUGCAGACAAAAUAUAUAGUAUAACCAUGAACUUAGCAGCAAGCUUAUUAUUAUAAAAUGUUAUUUAUUUAUUAGUGGCACGAGGCAACGCAAGAGCCACACUUACGCGUAGCUCGAGCCACUAUUGUUAUCCAGCGUGUUUUUUCUUCCCAUUUUUAAUCUUCCGCCAGAAUUUCGGCGUGUAACUAGUCCCGCAGCUUUGAGAAAACCCUCGCAAACUAUAUAUCGAAACGUGCGGCUCGAUCGGGAAUGGUGUGCUAUGUCUUUUAUAGUUCUUUCGUCAAUAUUUCGCAAAGUUAUUCGCAAAAAACUGCAAAGAAUUUCCCUUAAGAAAUGAAUGGGAAAUUUCCUCAAAUUUCAGCCUUUUUCAAUUGUACGUUGCUUCGCCAUACU